GAGCCUCUGGGGAAUGUCUCCUGCCCUGGGACAGAGACAAUGAACCCCAGCCAGACCCCUCUGUCCAAGCCUCGGACAGAGGCACCGAAUCCCGACCCAAGCCCUGACACGACAACAGGAGUGGAGACUGCUGACAGGAAUCUGCUGGAGAACGGGCAAAAAUGUCCCGAUGAGAGCUCCCCAGACAGCCACCACGAUGGCCUGGAGUCGGGCAGCGAAUAUGUGAAGUUCUCCAAGGAGAAAUACAUCCUCGACUCAUCACCAGAGAAGCUUCACAAGGAGCUGGAAGAGGAGCUUAAGCUGAGCAGCACCGACCUGCGCAGCCAUGCCUGGUACCACGGCCGCAUCCCCCGGGAGGUGUCCGAGAGCCUCGUGCAGAGGAACGGUGACUUCCUCAUCCGCGACUCCCUCACCAGCCUGGGCGACUACGUGCUGACGUGCCGCUGGCGCAACGAGCCCCUCCACUUCAAGAUCAACAAGGUGACGGUCAAGUCCAGCGACGGCCAUACCCGUGUCCAGUACCUCUUUGAGCAGGAGAGCUUUGACAACGUGCCUGCCCUCGUCCGCUUCUACGUGGGCAACCGCAAGGCCAUCUCCGAGCAGAGCGGAGCCAUCGUCUACUGCCCCAUCAACCGCACCUUCCCCCUGCGCUACCUGGAAGCCAGCUAUGGGCUGGCCAACGGGAAGCAUGGGGGGCCCCACAGCCCCUCCACCCAGAAAGGGGGGCACAUCAAGAGGAGGAGCAUCACCAUGACAGACGGCCUGACCGCAGACAAGAUCACCAGGGCUGAGGGGUGCCCGACCAGUGUGUCCCUGCCCCACCACAGAGACAUCAUUCGCAACUGUGCUGUCAGCGUGGACCAGAUCCAAGACCUGCACUCCCCGAUGUCCCCCAUCUCUGAGAACCCAGCGUCACCCGCCUACAGCACAGUUACACGGCUAAAGCCUCAUGCCUGCCAAGCAGCCGGGAUCACCCCAACCUCUCCGGUCAUAAGAAGGUCCAGCGAGCCCCAACUGUGCCAUGGGAACAACAGCAAACCUCUGCCAGACCCUGCCCACAGCUCCCAUUCGACUCCCUGCCAUGGGUAUGCCCGCGCCUCCCCCUCUCCCUCCGUGAACAGCUACAGCGACCCGGACUCAGGGCACUACUGCCAACUGCACCCCACCUCACCCAUCAGCAGAGACCGGCCAGCUCAUGACACCAAGCAGAUGCCAACAAAGAGCUACGUGGAUAGGCUAAAGGUGGAGGAAGGACAGAGAGGGACUGUGGAGAACAGUUCUGGGGAAGCAGAGGCAGGGCAGAGGCUGAAAGCAGAGCCGGACUUCAUGGGCUUUGUGCCCCCCACCAUGGAAACGACUUCCUCCUUCAACCCUGCUGCCUUCCAGUCCCUGCUCAUCCCCCUGGAGAACAAACCCCUGGAGAUGACCGUGCUCAAGAAGGUCAAAGAGCUGCUGGCAGAGGUGGAUGUGAAGACACUUGCCAAACACAUCACCAAAGUGGACUGCCUGGUCGCCCGGAUAUUGGGUGUGACGGUGGAGAUGCAGCGGCUCAUGGGAGUGAGCUCUGGCAUGGAGCUGCUCACCCUGCCCCACGGCCACCAGCUCCGCCUCGACCUGCUGGAACGGUUUCACACCAUGUCCAUCAUGAUCGCCGUGGACAUCCUGGGCUGCACGGGCAGCACCGAGGAGCGGGCGGCCCUGCUCCACAAAACCAUCCAGCUGGCUGCUGAGCUGAAGAGCACCAUGGGCAACAUGUUCAGUUUUGCUGCUGUGAUGAACGCCCUGGAAAUGACACAGAUUGCCCGGCUGGAGCAGACCUGGAUGGUGCUGCGGCAGCGGCACACGGAGGGUGCAAUCCUCUAUGAGAAGAAGCUUAAGCCAUUCCUGAAGAGCCUGAAUGAAGGGAAAGGGCCGCCGCUGACCAACACCACCUUUCCCCACAUCAUACCCCUCGUGACUCUCCUGGAGCGGGACAAGGCUCUCACGGACAGCCUCGAGCCCUGGGAGGCCACAGACAACGGCGUGGAGGUGGUCAUGGCCCACCUGGAGGCAGCACGGAUGGUGGCCCACCACGGUGGGCUCUAUCACACCAAUGCUGAGGUGAAGCUGCAGGGUUUCCAGGGCAGAGCGGAGCUGCUGGAGAUCUUCAGCACCGAGUUCCAGCUGCGGCUGCUCUGGGGCAGCCGUGGGGCUGAGAGCAGCCAGGCCGAGCGCUACGAGAAGUUCGACAAGGUCCUCACUGCCCUGUCCCACAAGCUGGAGCCAGCGGUGCGCUUCAGCGAGCUGUGACCCCCCCAGGCCCUGGGAGACCCCCCCAGCUCCCAGCCUGCACCCCUCUGGUGGCUGUGGGGCACGGGAUGGGAGCUGGGACCCAGCACUUGGAGGAGGAGAGAUGGCCCAGAAAGGUGCUGGGGCACAGGGCAGCAAUUUUGAGACAAAGAGGAGGAAAAGCAGCCACCUCGAAUCUAUCACUCAUCUCCUCAGGAUACAACAGGGCAGGAGGUCCACAUUGCUACCCUGAAGUCUGGGCAUGCCAGCACGGGUCUCCACCACCCAGCCCUGCUGAGGUCCAUGACUACACAAUGCCCCUCCUCUCACCCUUCAGUUCCAUUUCUUUUCCCCCUCUGUCUCACCCAUGGCUGCUGGAUCACGCGUGUAAAUACGUUUUCACGAUCACUUCUCGAUGUACAGACUUGUGAAGGAUGAAGAAUGUUGUAAAUAAUUAGGCUCAUUCAUUUUGUCCUGUAAAUAUGUGUACAUAUCUCAUGGGUUUGUUUCUUACAUAUAAUAAACUUUUAUGCCGUUCCUCAAGGG